UGACGAUGCUUCUUCGCAGUUGGUACUUGUGAUGUGGGCACAAAUAUAGGCACGCAGCCUGGGUAGAGAGGCGCGUGCCGGAAGGCUAUACGGCAUGGAUUGCCGUGGUUACUGCGGAAUGUAUGAUUGGUGAUGAGAGCAUGCUGAUGUGGCAUUUAGCUGAGGUGGCACUGCAUUACGUUGUGGGUGGUACCGAGGCUUACGACCGGUCAUCAAAUGCACACUCAGCUCAAUUGGUGAGAAAUCUGUGGUUGGGGGCAGCUAUCUCCAGACUGGAUUUCAUGCAGAACUCUUUGGACCAGAUCUUGGACCUUUUGCAAAGGCCAGGAUUUCGGGCAGCAGCGCAGUCGCCGUUGUCGUUAACGGCGAUGUCAAGCCCAUUUCCGGUACAAGCUGGCACACAGCCAAGUGGUACGUCUGCAGCAGCCGCACAGGCUGUUGCUUCUUCUUCUUCUGGGUCAGCGGUGGUAGCUACACCAUCACCACAACAACCUGUUCCUCAACAGGGACAGCAGCAAGGUCAAUGGUACCCAAAGACCCCUAUGAAACCACCCCUUGCCUUCUCCGGAGAGAAGAAGGAUGAGGAACUCAACACAUGGUUGAGAACGGUUCCAGUAUGGGUAAGGGCAAAGAGGACUAUGCAGGAGGAGGAGGUGAUAACUGCUGCAUCUUACCUGGAGGGUAAGGCAGCCAAAUGGCUAGAUAGAUUAGUAGCAAAGGUCGGGUACGGACGACGCAUGGCGGACUGGGCUAAGACCCUAACGUUAGAGGAAUUCUUAGACAUGGUAGACGCUCGCUGGCAUAAUCCACAGCAGGCACAAAGAGCCACUGAUGCGAUGCUCAGACUAGACCAACGAAAGUUCAAGUCAGUCAGAGAGCUUACGACUACCGUAGAGAGCCUCAUUGUCGUUCCCGACAUACGCUAUGAUGACCAGGUCUUGUUGACCAUGUUUGUGAGAUGUCUCCCAGAGAAUCUCAUAAAUUUGCUGGCCAGCGAGGCUCGCCUUGAGUAUCAUUCGUUUGAGACCUUAUCUAGAAAAGCCUUAGACUUAGAGGCCACGCUAGGAAGUGCUCAACCUACUCCAGUAGACGGGAGGAAGAAGAAGGGUCCACAGGAAUGGAAGAAGAAGGGGAGCAAAUUGAUGAUGGUUGAGUCCGAUGGGACUCAAACUGAGAUCGAAGAGCUCAUAGACCUGUUGGACAGUACGGAGUACGACGGCGAGGAAACCCCUGAGGGUAGCACCCUCGCCGCAGUAGUUAAGACUAAGGCUGGUGGCCGAGGGAAGGGCCAUCAAAAGAGUCAAGGGCAGGCUGCCUCCAACCAGACCAAAGUUGCUGAUUGGGUCGAGGCAGGCCUUGAUCAAGAAGUGUGGCGGGACCGCCGAGUGCGUGGUGCUUGCAUCAAUUGUGGUGAAUACGGACACACCCAGUACAAGUGCAAAAACGCAAAGACCCUAAAAUGGAUCAAGACUCAACCGGCUCUUUCUGAUGCACUCAAGCGCUGGAUUGAGGUCAUAGAUCAGUAUGACUUCAAGCUAGAGUAUCUGAAGGGAGAGUACAACAAGGUUGCAAAUGCGCUGUCCCGUAGAGCAGAUUACCUAGGGGCGCUAGUUUCUGAGUUUGGAGUAUCUGAGGAACUAACUCAAUCGUUGGUGGGAGCCUAUCAGGAAGACCCUGACACGAUGGACAUCAUACGCAAGCUUCAGGCAAAAGACAAGGCCACAAAAGAUGAGUUUGUGAUGGUGGACGGGCUUCUCUUUCUUGAUAAGGCUGGAUUUAAAAGGUUAGUUGUUCCAUCUAGUGAACAUUUGCGUAGUUUAUUCUUAGGAGAAUGUCAUGACGCAACUGGUCACUUUGGCUACAAAAAGACGAGUGUCAAUCUAGUACAACGAUUUUGGUGGUCCGGAAUGUUAGAAGAUGCAAAGAAGUAUGUUGAGACCUGUCAGGUCUGUCAGCGGGAUAAGCCGCGAACUCAAGCACUGCUUGGGUUGCUGAAGCCUUUACCAAUCCCCGCUAGUCCGGGACAGAGUGUUUCCAUAGACUUCAUGGACACCCUGGUGACCAGCAAGAGUGGCAAGAGACACAUCUUUGUCAUCAUAGAUAGAUUCACCAAGUACGCUAGACUAAUUGUCAUGCCAGAGACCGCAAGGACUGAACACGUCAUCAAGUUGUUUCUGGACAACUGGGUGCGUGAUUUUGGACUACCGAAGUCAAUCGUUAGUGACAGAGAUGUCCGCUUCACAAGUGAGUUAUGGAAGAAGACUGCUGAACAGAUGGGCAGUCAACUUCAGAUGACUUCAGGGAAUCAUCCUGAAGCCAACGGACAGGCCGAGCAAAUGAACAGAGUUGUACAACACCUGCUGAGGCAUUACAUCAAGCCCAAUCAGGAUGAAUGGGAUGAGAAGUUGCCUCUCAUCGCCAGCUUGUACAACAACGUUGUACACAGCAGUACCGGCGUUAGUCCUAAUCAGUUGCACUUGGGAUGGAAGCCUAGAUCAGCUCUGGACUUCCUCCUUCCUAAAGACCGACCCUCUGCAACUCCAGGCACACUUGAGUAUGGUGUGCAGUAUGAGAAGUUGUUGCAGCAAACUGUCGAGCACAUCAAGAAAGUUCAGCAAGCAGUGAUUGCUUCUGAGAACAAACAUCGUCAACAAUCCUCAUUUCAGGUAGGGGAACGUGUCUGGGUCAAGGCUAGUGAACUAGGACAGGAAUUUGGAAUCUCUCCUGGGAAGUCUUGGAUAUAGUUGGGGAUGAGAUGGAUGGUCCUACCUAUGUUAUCCGGAUCCCUAGUCACCUACGCACUC